UCUUCUCGGAUGCUACUGCAGGUGCAUGUGUGUGCGGGGACGUGUGUGCAUGUGUGCGUGUGUGAGAGCACGGGGGCAAGAGGGAUUGGAGGGCACGCUAAACUUUCCAUCGGAACAGAAAAGAAAGAAAUGAAAUCAUCCAUUUAGAAGAAAGCGCCUAAACAGAUCGACAGCUUUUAAUGCCAACAUUUCCAACGCUUGCCCUGUACGUGGAUUGAUUUUUUUUUUCUCUAGCAUUCCCUCAGCAGAUGGAUUUUUGCCACUGCAGCUCAGCAGAGGGUGUCAGAUCUUUCAGAGUGCACCAGGUUGGAACGAGCAGAGCCUCUUAGCAACUCUCCCUCUGCGUGGAUGUGAGUGCGUGUGUGCGUGUGCAACUCAGCCCCAGAAGAAGGAGGAAAGAAGAGAGCUCGCGGAGGGAAGAGAGGAGAGAAGCGGCAGGCAGGCAGAGAGAGAGGAAGAGAAGCAGAAGAAGGAACUGGAGGAGGAGAGAGACGCGGGCAGCCCCCCAAAAACGCAGCGAUUGCAGAAAUUUUGCAGCGCCAUUGGUUCGGCAGCCGGGCUUUAGGCUGGGGCGUGAUUUCAGCACCAAGGGGAACUGGACAGCACCCAGAGGGGGACUCCUGGGCACCGAGCAGCGGCGGCGGCGGCAGCAGCAGGCAGGAGCCGGCUUUGCAACAGAGAAAGCAAGGUCAGUCCGAAGCAAAGCCAUGCACACAGGCAGCUCUCCUCUACCACCGCUGCACUCUCUGCCUGCUUCUCCCUAACAUGCAGUGGCUGCUUUUAAUUACUAGCACUGUUCCUAUUCCGAUUAGCCGAGACGGCCAGCAGAGAUCUACUUAGCUUUCCGGGAGGCUGGGGGGGAGGGAGUCGAGAAGGGGGGAUUUUUUUCCUUCCACUUUUUUUUCUGUUUUUUUUUAUUUUUUGUAUUAUUAUUAUAUUUUUUGCGUGCCUUGCAGUACGUGCCUGGAUAGUUUGUGGAUAUAAUUAUUGACUGGAGUCUGUUGCAGUGUAUGCAGGGGGGGGAGAGAGGGAUCGAGGAGAAAAAAAGAGUCCCCCUCCCCCGACCCUGCCUACUCCCCCUUCCCACAAUUUCUCUCCCCCCUUCUUGGUGGUGGCUCGGACAUCUCAUGCAUUGAAUGGACUGGAAUUGUUUUCGGUGUGAGGAGGAUGGUGGCUGUUACUUUGUGAUGAGCUCGGGAAUGAAUCGCUCGGUUUAAAAAUGCUGCUUUGGAUUCUGUUGCUGGAGACGUCUCUUUGUUUUGCUGCUGGAAACGUUACAGGGGACGUUUGCAAAGAGAAGAUCUGUUCCUGCAACGAGGUAGAGGGGGAUUUGCACGUAGACUGUGAGAAAAAGGGGUUUACCAGUCUGCAACAUUUCAGCGCCCCGACUUCCCAGUUUUACCAUUUAUUCCUGCAUGGAAAUUCCCUGACUCGGCUUUUCCCUAAUGAGUUCGCUAACUUUUACAAUGCAGUCAGUUUGCACAUGGAAAACAACGGCUUGCAUGAAAUCGUUCCUGGGGCUUUUCUCGGGCUGCAGCUGGUGAAGCGGUUGCAUAUCAACAACAACAAGAUCAAGUCGUUCAGGAAGCAGACUUUCCUGGGGCUGGACGAUCUGGAAUAUCUCCAGGCAGAUUUCAAUCUAUUGCGGGAUAUUGACCCGGGAGCGUUUAGGGACUUAAACAAGCUGGAGGUGCUGAUUUUAAAUGACAACCUCAUCAGCACCUUGCCUCCCAACGUGUUCCAGUACGUGCCGAUCACUCACCUCGACCUCCGGGGAAACCGGCUUAAAACCUUGCCUUAUGAGGAGGUCCUGGAGCAGAUCCCAGGCAUUGCUGAAAUCCUGCUAGAGGAUAACCCCUGGGACUGCACUUGUGAUCUGCUCUCCUUGAAGGAAUGGCUGGAAAACAUACCCAAAAACGCUUUGAUCGGCAGAGUCGUUUGCGAAGCUCCCACUAGGUUGCAGGGCAAGGAUUUAAAUGAGACCACAGAGCAAGAGCUGUGCAAAAAGAGCAGAGUGGAUUCUAGCCUCGCUGCUCCCCCUGCUGAAGAGGAAACCUGUGAUCCUGGUCCCAUUCCAACUCCCUUUAAAAUACAUGGCAAAGAAGAUCCUGCCACUCCAGGAGCUGCUCCAAACGGAGGUACAAAGAUCCCAGGCAACUGGCAGAUCAAGACCAGACCUACCGCGGCGGUGUCGACCAUUAGCGUCAAAAACAAGCUCCCGCCUAGCCUGCCCUGUCCUCAGAUCUGUAGCUGCGAUCAGAUCCCCGGCUCGGGCUUAAAGGUUAAUUGCAACGACAGGAACGUGAGCAGCCUGGUGGACCUGAAGCCCAAGCCGGCCAACGUGCAGGAGCUGUUUCUGAGGGACAAUAAAAUCCACACCAUCAGGAAGUCCCACUUUCUGGAUUAUCGGAAACUGAACCUGCUGGACCUGGGGAACAACAACAUCGCCACGGUGGAGAACAACACCUUCAAAAACCUGCAGGACCUCCGGUGGCUCUACAUGGAUAGCAACUACUUAGACACCCUGUCCCGGGAGAAAUUCGCCGGGCUCCAAAACCUGGAGUACCUGAACGUGGAGUUCAACGGCAUCCAGCUGAUCCUGCCUGGCACCUUCAACGCCAUGCCCAAGCUGAGGGUGCUCAUCCUCAACAACAACCUGCUGAGGUCCCUCCCCGUCGAUGUGUUUGCAGGGGUCUCCCUCUCCAAGCUGAGCAUCCAUAACAACUAUUUCACGUACCUCCCGGUGGCAGGGGUGCUGGACCAGCUCACCUCCAUCACCCAGAUCGACCUGCACGGCAACCCGUGGGAGUGUACGUGCCCUAUUGUGCCUUUCAAACAGUGGGCCGAGAUGCUGCGCCCCAAGGUGAUCAUGAGCGACCUGAGGUGCGAGUCCCCGGAAGACUUCUUCAAGGAGGAUUUCGAGACCCUCUCCAACGACGUGAUCUGCCCGCAGCUCAAAGUCUCGCCCACGGUGGCUUCCACUAACAAGAACAGCACCGGCUUGGCGGAGACGGGCACUCACUCCAACUCUUACCUGGAGACCAGCAGGGUCUCCAUUUCGGUGCUGGUCCCCGGACUCCUGCUGGUGUUUGUGACCUCUGCCUUCACAGUGGUUGGCAUGCUGGUCUUCAUCCUGAGGAACAGAAAGCGGUCCAAGCGGAGGGACGCCAACUCAUCCGCAUCCGAAAUCAAUUCCUUGCAGACAGUCUGCGAUUCUUCUUACUGGCACAACGGCCCCUACACUGCAGAUGGAGCCCAUAGAGUGUAUGACUGUGGCUCUCACUCCCUAUCAGACUAAGAGCUGGGGUCGCAGAGGGGCUGGGGAGGGUGGGGGAGGAAGCAAGCCGUGGGGAGGCCCGUUCAACUUGGCAGUGAUGAAAGAAACACCGAUCUGUGGGCAUGGCUGCAGGGUCUGCUACUGAUCUUAGCGGCAGCAGGAAGGAGACCGUUCAGCUACCUCCUGGGAGGAUGUCACACCCGCACGCACAUGGGCAUGGUGCAAGGGCCCCCUUCUUGUGAACGCACCGGGGCCCCAGAGGCGGUGGCUCGUGCAUCUGACUCCGCAUUGCCUUAGGGAGCCCCGGGAGCCCGCUUGGUUCAACUCCCGCAAGGAACAGUGUGCUGCGGAUUAGCCCCGUGUGUGCAUAGGGGGGAGGAUGGGGGGGGACCUGCUGGCGGCCUCCCCUUGGGCACAGAGCAGGAAUGACACGUUGCACGAAGGCAUGAAUGUAAUGUAAAUAAUUGACUCCGAUCAAAGACAAGCAAACAAACACACACACUAAAAAAAAAAUUAAAAAGUGCUGCAUGGCUCGCAUGGAUACAACGCACCCCAGGGACGCUGCAAGCCCCAACUGGAAACAGCGUCUAGUUCACACCAUCAUCCCUCUUACCUGAUAAGUCCCAUCGUCUCAAACUUUCUAUAUACGAGAUACAGUCUAUGAUGAUGAUCAAAAAGUGCCAUUUCGCCAUUUUUUUUGUGUGAUCGAUAGGCAGUAGAGAUCGUACUUUUACUGUGGAGAAAAAGAAAAAAAAUGCAAUGUAAAGAUUUUAUUUAAGACAUGUUUGCAUGGAUAUUCUCAUCGAUUCAUUUGGGUUUUCCUCUGAUUUUUUUUUUUUUUUUUUUUGUGGGGUGGGGGGG